GUUAUUAAAAGGGAGGACCUGUUUGUAACAUCAAAGCUCUGGAAUACCAAGCACCACCCAGAAGACGUAGAGCCAGCGCUAAGGAAAACACUUGGAGAUUUGAAACUGGAUUACCUGGACCUGUACCUCAUGCACUGGCCUCAUGCCUUUGAACGAGGGGACAAUCUCUUCCCAAAGAAUCCUGAUAACACGAUGCGUUAUGAUUACAUUGAUUACAAGGAUACCUGGAAGGCUAUGGAGAAGCUGGUAGAAAAAGGCCUUGUGAAAGCCAUUGGGUUGUCAAACUUCAACAGUCGUCAGAUCGAUGAUGUAUUAAGUGUGGCUACUGUCAAACCAGCUGUGCUCCAGGUAGAAUGCCAUCCUUACCUAGCUCAGAACGAGCUGAUAGCUCACUGCCAGAAGCAAGGACUCGUCGUCACUGCCUACAGUCCCCUUGGUUCUCCAGAUCGCAUGUGGAAACACCCAGAUGAGCCUGUGCUUCUAGAAGAACCUGGGAUCAAAAAUCUAGCAGAAAAAUACAGCAAGUCACCUGCACAGAUCAUCCUCAGAUGGCAAGUGCAACGUAAAGUGGUUGCCAUUCCCAAGAGUGUCACUCCCGCUCGCAUUCAGCAGAAUCUCCAGGUGUUUGAUUUUAGCCUCACAGAAGAGGAGAUGAGCCACAUUGGAAGCCUGAAUAAAAACUGGCGUUACAUUGUGCCAAUGAUUACGGUGAAUGGAAAGCUAGUAGCAAGAGAUGCUGGACACCCCCAUUACCCCUUCAAUGACCCCUAUUAACUACUAGAAAAUAAGGUGUUAGAGCAACAUGCUCCUCUGCGUGCCCUUCCACAAAAUAAUUGUUGCUACAAUUUGUCAAAAAACCUGUCCAAAUACAACCUUCCUUCCUGAGUAGGUUUACUUACAAUGUGCUGGUUCUAAUUGACCUCCUUUCUGGAGGUACCGUAGCUUCCAUGUCAAAGUUUGAGAAUUUAUUACAAUGACUGCAAGCUUGCUCCUGGAAGCAUCAAAUCUUUUGGGGAUUAGAUAAAAAGUGAGGGAGUCUAAAUCAAGUUCCAAACAUAUCAUCAGGCUUAGGCAAUACUUGGGGCUUACUGCCUGUGGAACAGUUUCAAAAGCUCUAGUUAUUUAAAAAAAACCCACAAGGGUGAAGGCAUGAAAGUAUUUUAAGACUAAACAAUUGCUCGGCCAUCAACUUUGAUAUCUUUAUUAAUAUUUUUUAUACAGGGAAUGAAGUGAAAUGUGCU